AGCGGUACCGGGGUCGUCGUUUCGGGCUGCUGGUGCUCACGUAUCGCUCAGGCGGGGCGAACGUGCUGAGAAAUAGAGAAUUAAGGCAGAGCGAGUGUGAAGUGUGUGGGCGCAGCGACCACUGGCCUCAGCUCCUUUAAGAGGGAACUGGACUCUGCGUCGUUACGUAAGACACAACGACGCUUCUUAACCCAGUCACGAGAACCGGACAGAGGAGCGUUUCCGUCCAGGACCGCAGGGAGACCUUUCAGGGAGCCGCUCCGGGACAUGGCACCGAAGACUGUGUUGAUCGUUUAUGCCCAUCAGAGUCCAAGCUCGUUUAACGCCGCUGCGAAGGAUGUGGCUGUGCAGACGCUCACUGCCCAGGGCUGUGAAGUCAUCGUGUCUGACCUCUAUGCCAUGAAUUUCCAUUCCUCAGCAACAGCGGCGGAUAUCAAAGGGAACUUGAAGAACCCUGAGCACUUUCUGUAUGAUGAGGAGACCUUUAUUGCCUGGAAGGAGGAUAGACUGAGUGAUGACAUCAAAGAAGAGCACCGCAAGGUGGCACAGGCUGAUCUCAUCAUCUUUCAGUUCCCGCUCUACUGGUUCACUGUUCCUGCUAUAAUGAAAGGCUGGAUGGAGCGAGUGCUGACUCAAGGAUUCGCCUACACUCUGCAGACCAUAUAUGACAACGGCAAUUUUAAGGAUAAAAAGGCUGUGCUGUCAUUCACUACUGGAGGAAUAGAGUCUAUGUACCUCCCUGACGGCAUCAAUGGAGACAUCAAUGUUUGCCUUUGGCCUUUACAGAACGGAGUUCUGCGCUUCUGUGGUUUUCAGGUUCUGGCCCCGCAGAUCUUCUGGUGUGUUGGACACACUCCUCCCUCUGAGAGAACAGCUAUGUUAGAGGCAUGGCAGGCCAGGCUGAAUGGAAUGCUGGACGAACAGCCUCUGUCGUUUGCUCCCACUAAGCUCUUUGACCUCAGUUUCCAGGCAGGGUUCCGACUGCGCUCAGAUAUCAAAGAGGCGUAUGCCUCUCAACCCUAUGGCCUCACCACAGGGCAGCACCUUGGUAAACCGUUCCCUCCAAACAACCAGACCAAGUCUGCUCCACAUGACAAACAGUAGCAGCAGCAUCCUCACCAAAGAAAGCCUAGCAGCUGAAUCAAGCCUGAAGAUAAGAGAUUGAUGCUGAGUCAUUAUGAAAUAGGUUUUUGCAGUAAUCUAUAUUUAUGUUCAAGCAAAUCUAAGUUUAACCUCUAUCUAUAUCUAAAAUAUGUCAACCUUUGGCAGACCUGUAUGUUUUCCAUAGCUUUAACUUGACUAUAAAUGGGUAUGUAUAGUUUCUCCUUUUAGAUUUUUUUUUCUAAUCUAUUACUUAUAUGGACCUUUUCCUUUCCUUUUCUCCUUCCCCAUCCCUCCGUUCUUCCAUGAACUGCUUCUACUCCGCCAUAAACUGAUUUGACUCCUACCCUGUUUAUUUAAUGAAUCAUUUAACUAUUAAUUUGUUUACUUUGAUCUGAAAAUACUAGCUAAUAUGGUGAACUAGAGAGCCUGUAGUCUAAACUGAGCAGCUACCGGUACUAAAGCAUGCAGAAACAUUGCAAGCAGUGCAAACAAAAAAUAAAAUCUAGGGUUUGCAUUUUACAGUCUUAAUGUGAUUGCACUCAUAAACUCUUAGCUAGGUAAAUUUUCAACAUAGUGAUGUUAUGUUAGUUUAUGGACUGCGUGCUGCAUACCUGAACACCUCAAGAAGUCAAAAGUCUGCUCCACAGGGCAGCACAGCAUCUCAUACAGAGAUAAACAGAGCGGGCAGUUCAGUCUAUGGCCGAGCCACAGCUGUUCUGAAGUCAGCUGAGAACCAGUCACAGCUCGUUGGGUAAUUAUGACACUUUCUUCUACACUGAAUCUAUAAAACCCUUCAGAAAAUUCAGAGGAUCUCGGAGUCCUGACGCUAGUCAUGAUCAUCACAGACACUGAUUACUGAAGUAAUUGUGGAUAGCAGUGACUGAAGGGUUGAGGAAAAUAAGGCCUUAUAAGGAGCUUCUAAGAUUUUGAUUGGAAAUAAUACAGCAACUGUGCUCCCAGAAAACAAAUCAAAUUUUAUUAUCAAUAAUAAAAAAAAAAAGACUAAUUAUAAACAUUCUGGGUAGGUCUGUGACACCGUGGCUGCGCCUCUGAAUAGACUGUCUUCUCGGAACGUAGCUGUUUAAUCUCAUGCAUCGAGAAAAGUGGGAAAAAAAAUCUGAAACUACCACGGUUUGGACCUCGGUGUCUUCAUAGCUAGUUACGGUCAUGAUCAUUAAAGAUGUUAUUUCUCAGAAAACUCUUAAAUAACUUCACGUUGUAAUUCUUGAAUAAAGCCUAACCUGCCCUAAAA